AUUCUCGUUGCGUGUGCUGAGGCUGGUUCUUGUCACUCAUUCUCUGAGCAGCGUGCGAGCGCAUCGACAAAGCAGCCUAGCUAGAAGUAACCUACAAAAAAUAUUUAAAAAAAUCCAAAUUGAAGAAUAAAAAAUACAUCAGCACACAUCCUUCCAGGAAAAUACCCUUUAAAGGCAAGAAACAUCACUUAUCUAACGGUUGCAAUGCUUGAAACCAGGGAUCUCAUCUGGGGAUUGCUUCUCAUUGGCACUGCAGCCUCUCUGCAAGUGGACAUCGUUCCAGCUCAGGGGGAGAUCAGCGUGGGAGAAUCCAAAUUCUUUCUGUGCACAGUCACGGGAGAAGCCGACCUAAUCACCUGGUUCUCUCCGAGCGGAGACAAGAUUGAGACGGGCCAACGCAUCUCCGUGGUGCGCAAUGACGACCUGUCGUCCACGCUGACCGUCUACAGCGCGGACAUUGAUGACGCCGGCACCUACAAGUGUGUGGCCACCUUCGACGGCAAUGAGUCUCAGGCCACCGUCAACAUGAAGAUCUUUCAAAAACUGACCUUCAGAAACGCACCGUCCCCGCAGGAGUAUAAUGAGGGAGAUGAUGCUGUAAUAAUCUGCGAUGUUACCAGCUCGCCCCCUCCUAAUGUUAUCUGGAAGCACCGAUCCCGAGAAAUCAUCCAUAAAAAGGACGUUCGUUUCAGCGUCCUCUCCAACAACUACCUGCAGAUCCGCGGGAUCAAGAAGUCCGACGAGGGCACUUACAGGUGCGAGGGCAGGAUCCUGGCUCGCGGAGAGAUCAGCUUCAAGGACAUCCAGAUCAUUGUUAACGUCCCCCCGGCCAUCCGAACCAGACAGACUGAACUGAACGCUACUUCUGAUAUCGGUCAAUCUGUGACUCUGGUCUGCGAUGCAGACGGAUUCCCAGAACCUGCUGUGUCUUGGGCCAGGGUGAAGAAUGUUCUUGAAGAAUCUGACAAAUACAGCUUUACGGAAGACGGCUCCCAGAUGACAAUCCUGAAUGUUAAGAAGGAGGAUCAGGGAGAGUACACCUGCAUAGCAAAGAACAAAGCUGGGGAGACGGAGCAGGAGUUCAGCCUGAACGUCUUUGUGAAACCGAAAAUCACCUACGUAGAAAACAAGACUGCUUUGGAGCUUGAGGAGCAGAUCACACUGACCUGCGAAGCCAUUGGGGACCCCACCCCCUCUAUCGUGUGGAGUUCUGCCAGCAGAAUCUUCACAGAAGGAGAGCAGUAUACCUCAAACAGGAUUUAUCAGGCUUCGUGGACUCGACCCGAGAAAUACGAGAGUCUGGAUGGUAAUGUGGUAGUGCGCAGUGAUGGCAGAGUCUCCUCCCUGACGCUGAAGGAUAUCCAGUACACUGAUGCUGGCCAGUACGUCUGCACUGCCAGGAGCUCCAUUGGACAAGACUCACAGUCUAUGUUCCUUGAAGUGCACUAUGCUCCCAAGCUGCAGGGCUCAGUCACAGUCUACACCUGGGAGGGAAACCCUGCCAACAUCACCUGUGAGGUCUUUGCCCACCCUGGGGCCUCCAUUGUCUGGUUCAGGGACGGACAGCAGCUGCCAAACGCCAACACCACCAACAUCAAGAUUUACCCCACCCCCACCGCCAGCUUCCUCGAGAUCACGCCAGAUUCUCAGAGCGACUUUGGCAACUACAACUGCACAGCUACGAACCGCAUCGGACAGGAAUCCAAGGAGUUUAUACUUAUUCAAGCAGAGGUCCCGUCAAGCCCAUUGAUCAAUGAGGUGAGUCCCUACUCCAGCACAGCCAGAGUUGAAUUUGAGGAGCCUGAUUCCAGUGGUGGAGUGCCUGUCCUCAAGUACAAAGCAGAGUGGAGAAUCGUGGGGACCAGCGAGUGGAUGAGGAAGGAAUUUGACGCCAGAAAUGUGUAUACAGAGAACCUGAUCACCAUCACUGGUCUGAGACCCGAUAGCAGAUACGAGUUGAGAAUGUCUGCAAUCAAUGGCAAGGGGCAGGGAGAAAGCAGCGAAUCCACUGUCUUCAAGACUGAGCCAGUCCGGGAACCCAGUCCUCCUAAACUGGAAGGGAAGCCGUAUGAGUCUGGAAACACUCUGAAAGUGAACUGGAUCAAGCAGGAUGAUGGCGGCUCUCCCAUCAGACAUUACCUAGUCCGGUACAGAGCUAAACAAAUGGACGACUGGAAACCAGAGAUCAGACUGCCAGCCGACAGCGAGUACGCCAUUCUCGGAGGUCUGGAGUGGAACACAGAGUAUGAGAUUUACGUGGUGGCGGAGAACCAGCAAGGAAAAUCAAAACCAAGCACCUUAUUUUUCAGGACCGUUCCAGAACCCACCUCCAUGCCAGACGAAAUGGCAUCCGGUUCCGGCCUGGGCACGGGUGCCAUCGUGGGGAUCCUCAUCAUCGUCUUCAUCAUCCUGUUGGUGGUCGUGGACGUCACCUGCUACUUCCUCAACAAGUGCGGCCUUCUCAUGUGCAUCGCUGUCAACGUCUGUGGCAAGCCUGGCCCGGGAGCCAAGGGCAAGGACAUGGAGGAGGGGAAAGCUGCUUUCUCCAAAGACGAAUCGAAGGAGCCCAUUGUGGAGGUGCGGACCGAGGAUGAACACACACCAAAUCAUGAUGGGGGAAACCUGACCGAACCCAACGAGACCACCCCGCUGACUGAGCCAGAGCACCCUGCCGACACCACAGCUACUGUUGAGGACAUGAUCCCUUCUGUGGCCACUAACUCCGACACCAUCACUGAAACCUUUGCCACUGCCCAGAACAGCCCUUCCAGUGAGACCACCACUCUCACCUCCAGUAUAACUGCCCCUGCCUCCACCCCCGUCCAGCAGGCUAGCACACCCAAAGCCGGAGUCACCUCUCCAACCUCUCCUGCACCUGCUUCCACUGAAGCUGCAUCCAAGGUUGCCCCGCUGGUGGACCUCAGCGAUGCCCCAGCUCCCAACAGCCCAGCAGCUCCUAGUCCAAAUCCCACCAAUGCUCCUAAAGCCCCAACCGCCACCAAGACUCAAGCUCCCACGGCCCCUCCAGAGGCAGUCUCCAUCCCCACUCCCACGGCCGAGCCCCCGAAACCAAAAACUGAAGCCGUCAAGAGCCCCGAAAACGAAGCGGCGCAGCCCAACGCGGUGAAGAGCCCAACCGAGGCAGCCAAGAACCCCACCAGCCCGAAAAACCCAUCUGCCCCCGACAGCAACGCGAAGCCCUCCCAGAACGAAGACUUUCGAGUGGACCUUGACCUCGCAAAGGAUGUUUUCGCUGUCUGGGGAAACGAUCCUCCUCCUGCUGUCAAUCAGGCUGCUGUGCCGGCCCCGGCCGCUGCAGACUCCACUAAGCCAUCCACUCCAGCCAAGGACGAGAAGGUCCUAGUAGAGGAAAAAACUAACCCGGAGGAGGCCGAGAUCAAGAAGCCUGUGGCCGAAGUGAAAACAGUCCCCAAUGAAGCCACCCAAACAAACGGCAACGAGAGCAAAGCAUGAACCAACGUCGGGAGAGAAAACUGUACGAACGAAGACACGUAGAAUUACACACGAGCAUCAUCAUCAUCAUCAUAAUAAUCAAAACAAGGGGUUUUCUUCAGUGUCUUUAUUAUUAUUUCUCAGACAAACAAAAAAGAAACCCGUUCUCCUGUUUGUAGAUUUGUAGAAGGGAAAUCCAGUCGUGUGCACUUGCAAUUGUGUGUGUUUAUUUGUUUUAUAAAAAAAAUAAAAAAAAGUGAAACUCUCUCUUCAACUUCAACUGGCAUGCCGAUUGCAAGUCAGGCUGCAGACAUUUCUUUUUGUUUUGUUUUGUUUAUUUGAGACUGCUUGUUAUGAGAGGCACUGCAUUGCUAGGAUUGCAAGGGAUACUGGAGAUCUGCCCCACUGUCAGUUUAAUUGAGUAAACACAGCUUUAGAAAGAGGAACAUUGUGUGCUUAUACCAUUCCUAUACCUGGGCUUUCAUCCAGAUACUCACUGUUUGUUUGCUCUUAUUAAAAUGAAGGAUUGAAUGAAAAUUUGGCUUUGGAUAUAUAUAUAUAUAUAUAUAUAUAUAUAGUUCCAAUUCGCAGUCUCGUUUUUUGCCAAUUUACAUUUUUCUGUGUUUAUGUGUUUACAGGGCACGAUUGUUUUUCAUUUUUUUAAACAAACAAAAAAGAAAAGUUUAAAUGUAAAAGUAACUGCCUUUUUAUUUUAUUUUUGUAUUAUUUUCUGGGACUUUUUAGAUUAUUAGACCAUAGGUUAGCAUGCUUACAGUUUUUUUUUUCAAUUUUCCCCAUUUAUGAACACCAUGCUUGCUGUUUUACCAUAUAUAUAUGUACACAUACACACACAGGAUGAUUAGAAAGUGCGUUUACCACAUCAAUGAUAUGGAGCGUUGAGAUGGUAAACAUACUUUCUACCCUGUGUGUCUAUGUAUGUGUGUCUUUAUAUAUAUCUAUGAAAUCAUUUCUUUUGACACAACUUAAAAAACCACACCGGUUAGCUCUACAUAAAUACAUAGAGAAACGUUUCAUACACUUCAUUUGUAUUGCUGUUGCUCUCCUUUUAAUUUCUCAAAGGCGCCUCGUCUCACUGAAAAUGGCGGUUGUAUAGACCGGGCUGGUCCACACAAGGAACUUACCAUAGAACCCAAGCAUUGGCUUUUACAGGUGGGCCACAGUUGCUUAACUACAGCAGACUUUGACAGUUAAACAUUAAACAAAAUGGAGUAAAGGUGGGUAUAUCCACUUUAUGUCCAGCAGAGCGGCGCUGUAGCACACUAGUAUUUAUACAGUACAAUCUUCAAGGUAUUGAGUCUGUAAAGCUGUAGCAGUCAACAUACGGCAGCAAAAUAAACCUGAAGUAUCCCGACUUUGCCAUUAGAAAUAUGGUAGACGUUUCAGUGCGACUAAAGAAGCCAUGGGGAAGGUGGAUGAACGCCUUCCUCUUGCAGUGGGAGAGACUAUCCCCCUUUUAAGCCUCUUUUAGAUUUAUUUAUUAAGGGAACAAUAACACAUGUGCAGUAAGUGUAAGGGUCCUGAGAGAGUUUGGGAUCUGUUGUUCUAUCAUCAAUUACACCUUAAAAUGGCAACCAAAUGUUUUUUAAGUCUGUUUUUACAUAUAAAAUGCAAUGCUGCAAGGCGACAUUAUUAAAACCGUGACGUUCUGGUAUAGAUUCUGGGGGUUCAAAGAUAAGAUCAGCGACCAGCCCUUUUUUUUUUUUUUUUUUGUACAGUAUAUUUCUGAGAUUUUCUUUCAUUCUUUUAAAACUGCUUAUGCACUGUGAAUGUGUGAAUAUCCUAGUGUGAAUAAAAUGUGUUCUUUGUCCUAGUAUUUGAAAAACUACAGCAUAGUUUGGUUGUGAAAGGUUUAGCGGAUAGUACAGAAAAUUUUAAAAAAAGAAAAUUUUUCGAUAACAUCACGGGGAAACAAACAACAAAAAAAAAUCGCCUUCAAAAUGUUUUGGUUACGGCAUGCACUUCACUUUCUUUGUGUUUGCCUGGUAAUGCAGAGACUCAACGGUGAAAGACGGCUGCCUGGUGCCCUGGUCCAUUAAUUUUACUGUGGGGCCUUCUCUAUUUCGUGUGCGUGUGUGUGUGCAGUCUAGGUAACAAUAACUGAUGGUGUCGCUAGUUUGUAAGUUCAAACUGAAAAUGCUGGUCUUGUCAUUUUGCUUAAUGUGUUUUUGCAUACGCUAGGCUCUGGGGGUGAAAAUGGAGGUAAACCGUUACAUGUACAUUUUCUGUGAGGGGCUUGGUACUUGUGUAAAAUGUCUCAAUUCAAUUCGGAAGUGAAUUUCAGGUCCCCAGCUUGCGUGUAUAUAUACACUCUGCUGGACCUCAAGCUACUGGAGAUUUUAAACUAGGUUGGACCACUAGCUUUGUGAUACUCCCAUCACAGCCCUUUUCACAGAGGCUGGCACAAUGGGAGAUGACGAGAGCCACCCUGGACAGUAGAAUGUGUCUCCUCCUAUUGCUGUGAAAUAGAUUGGCGGUUUAGUUCAGUCCUGUGCUUGAGAAGUAGACACAGUCUGGAAAAGACUAGAAAAGCUAAAUGGUUGUUGUUUUUCAUUAUUGUUGUUUUUACAAAGCCAGCAUCAAGCCCCAAACUGAAGUAUGUUUCUGUAGUCUGGACAGCAUGUUCUGACGUGAUUUGUUUUGUCCGCACAGACGUUCAUGCACCAUUGUGCCGAAUCUCUCGUGGUUCUAUCAUUCCAUUAGUUUUCUAUUGCCACGGAAGAUGGUUAUCUGUGUUUAACUGCCAUCAAUGUGGGACCAAGUUUAUUGUGAUUUGACACAGGCCUUCGAACCAAUGUAUUGUGCCAUGAAGCGAUUUGUUAGGAACAAGAUCAAAGUGAAAUGCUCCUGAUUUAUAAGCCAAAUGCUAUCCUAAGAAACGGAAUGGCUGUUGUUGUCCUUGUUGUUUUAGAAAAUCCGAAGACACUAGUCCCUUUUUAAGGACCUUGUCGAGUUACCCAGAAACCUCCAUUCUCACCCCUACCCAACAUUCCCUGCUUUUGGGGCCUUCUUUCUUGAAUACAACUUUUUACUGCGUGAAGCAUUGGUGCCACCUUUCUGUCCACUGCCCCUGGUGUAAAUACUGAGUACUAACCAAGACAUUUUGACUUUGCAUUCUGUCAGAAUACUUGUGUUCAAUAAAAGUUACAAAAUAAAAACA